AUGGACAACAUCGACGAGGAAUAUGACCGGCUUGUCGAACACCUUCACGACUGCGCGAAGAAGGCUGAGAGUUUUAAAACCACCAAGAGGCGUCUGUUGCUUGAAACUCUUGAGCUGAUACGCCAGAGUGGAGCAGCACGAGCCGCAGGGAACCAAGAACUCACGUCCGAGCUCGCAAGGCUUUGCCGAGAGGCGAUAAAGGAAGACCUUAAAGAGAGAAGAGCAGAAGUGCUGGCUGAAGCUGCAGAGGCGGGGAAAAGCAUCCGCUAUGCCCGUCGAGACUUCGCCAGUCGCAAGACGAGGAUGACUGCUCUCCGGAACCCAAAGGGAACAGCCAUUGCAUCGAGAAGGGGGAUGGAGAAAAUCAUCUACGACUUCUACUCUGAUCUCUUCGACAGCCAUGUCCACUUGCCUCCCCACCAUCUGAGGGAAGAUGGACAAGUCAUUCCAGAGGUUCUCCCGUCCGAAAUACGACAUGCUAUCAUGUCGGUAAGAAAUCGUACGGCACCCGGUCCCGACAGAAUAAGACCAGAACACCUGAAGAGCCUUCCCCCAGUACUCAUCAACACCCUGGCGAGGCUCUUUACACGUUAUCUGUCGGAGUGCAAGGUUCCUAAACAGUGGAAGACCAGCAAGACCGUGUUGUUGUAUAAAAAGGGAGAUCCACAUGACAUCGGCAACUAUCGCCCAAUCUGCCUACUGUCCGUCAUCUACAAGCUCUUUACAAGAGUAAUCCUUAAUAGGAUUGAAAAAGUCUUGGAUGAAGGACAGCCAUGCGAGCAAGCAGGGUUUCGAAAAGGAUUCAGCACGAUUGACCACAUUCACACUGUUUCGAAACUCAUCGAGGUAUCACGAGAGUACAAGAUGCCGCUCUGUCUCACCUUCAUCGACUUAAAGAAGGCUUUCGACUCGGUUGAGACGGAAGCGGUCGUGGAAGCCUUGGACAACCAAGGCGUCCCUACUCAAUAUAUAAAGGUACUUCGAGAGUUGUACAGUAACUUCACGACCGGAAUUUCGCCAUUCUACAAGAACAUCGUCAUUGACGUGAAGAGGGGGUCCGACAGGGUGAUACAAUUUCACCCAAAAUAUUCACAGCCACCCUCGAGAACGCAAUGCGAAAGUUGGAAUGGGACGACAUGGGAGUGA